ACACACACCUCUCUCUCUCUCUCUCUCCAGCACAGUGUUUUUGGUUUCUUAAGUUGCUGUUUCCACUAUCCCUACUGAUCGGCUCACUUCCUGCCUCACACGCACACUCUCUCUCUCUCUCUCUCUCUCUCUGAAACACAGACAUACACACAUCAUCUCACACACAACAUACGCACACAUAGAACGUGGUGGUUGGCUGGACAGGAAGUUGGCUGGACAGGGGAAAAAACGAACAAACGGACAAAACAGACAGACACAACUCAGGAGGACCGGUUCCUUUCUCUCGACAAGUCAACCCUUUCAUCCAGAACUCAGAUGGAGUUUGCCUGCAGUCAUGUAGUGUGUAACUGGAGACCAGAGAGUGUAGAGGGGAGGUCAGGUGAGGGGGUGACCCCAGGUCUAGGUGAACCCCUUAGACUGUCUGUCAAAGAGCACAUGUACGACAAUCGCAUCGCGGUCAUCUCCCGGCCAGAACCGGGUAUAAUGCCUCCAGCUCUGCCCCCUCGACAGUUCGGUUCUCAGAAGCCCCACCCUCAACCCACUUUUCGGCCUCCCCCUCUUCCCUCCCUGCCUGCCCCUCUACCCUCCCUGCCUCCCCCUCUACCACCCCGAGGUUUGGAGGGCCAAGGAGAGCAGAGCAUAAGAUUGAAGGCUAACGUUAACGUUCUCUCUCUCAGUGUUGGACGUCUGGUAGACAUGAGUAGAGCAUCUGGCAUCCAGAGCACUCAGAGUCCAGUGAAGCAUUGUGGGAGAUGCAGUGCUGCCCUGUCCUCCCUGAGCUCUGUACAUAACACACAGGACACUGCCGUGUGGCAGUGUGAGUUCUGUGGUCUCCAGAACAACCUGUCUACCCCAGACCUGAAAGUUGGUUCCAAGGUGGGCCUGAAGGUCAGAGGAGCUCCUAGAGGGAGAGAUGUGAUCUACCUCCCCCGUCAGACAGACCAGGACUACGAGAACCUGGAGGAUGUCAUGGUGGUCUUCUGUGUUGAUAUAUCUGGGAGCAUGAGUGCCACCUCUGAGGUCUCCCCAGGGAAGGCUAUGAGGUCACCAACCUAUGUCUCCAGACUACAGAGUAUUCAGGAUGCCCUCCAGAGGGCGCUGUCCUCUCUGCUGCAGACCUCACCUCACCGCAGAGUCGCCAUGGUUACCUUCAAUGACCAGGUAGUAGUGUAUGGUGAUGGUUCAGGUGUACCAGUCUCUCUGAGGGACUGGGCUCUAGUUGAUUCUGACUACCUGAGACAACAGGGUAAACAGUACAACACUCCACACUGUAUAGCUGAGAGCUACCAACACCUCUCACUGAGAGUCAAAGAGUGAGUCUGUCUGUCUGGUUAACUGUCUGACUGUC